GUCACAAUGGCUGCAUGAACAAUGUUUGCCUAGGAAACGUUUUCUAGCCGUGUAAGAAAUGUCAGCCAGCCAUUGGUGGCAAGAGGUGAUCAAAAGAUUGGAUUAUAAUAUUGGUGACGAAAUACCUUUUGAAAAUAAUUGAAGACUUUUCUUUAAGCUCCCAGGACUUUUCCUCUGGGCACCAGUCUAUAAGCCUGAAGAGCACAGUGCCAUCUUGGAUUAGGUGGUUUUAUAAACAGGGGCAUCAUGAUACCACCCCCUUGACCAAAUACUGGGAGAGAUACGUGCUUUUGGUUUGCUUGCAAGGGAGUGGCACAUUGUCCCUCUCUGAAGGACUCUUCUUCCAAGUUGAUUGUGCGGCUCGAUCAAAGUCGUGUAGCGCACUUGUACCAUGGGAUGCAUUAAAUCCAAAAGCCCCUUCCCAAACACGAUCCUCGAUGAUGGAAGCAAGGAAAUCAGCGGCUACAAUAGUGGGUGCAACAUAGAAAAAUCCGCCCUGAUUCAAACAAAAUCCGAUAUGUCGCCAAACACGGUGGUGGUGGACUUCGCUCACCGGCUCUCCUUGGAGAUCCUGGAUCAAGCUGUGAAACAGUGGGCAGUGGCUGAAAGCAAAUAUAGUGAUAUCCCCUUCAUAGAAAGCGACGAGCCAUGAAGGGCACGAUUGAGCUCUUUCUCCCAACAUGACCCUGGUCAAGCAUCUAAUGUAUUGGUGCUGUCGCAAAAUAAAGCGAUGUUCAUGAAGCAGGAAUUGUGAUUUUAAAGACACCUGUUGUACAGAAGCAGCUAGCCUUGACUGAGGUAAUGCAUUACCUUGCCUUUACUAUUACAUCUCUAAUAAACCCAUAAUAGCAUCCAGCAGGGUUUCCGGGCUGACGAGUGGGUUGUAGCACCAAGAAAUUCUGGUCAGGAGCGGUAAGAGCACCAAAGGGGUGCAAAGACAAGGCAUAUAGGUUCUCCUGCUGAUCUAAAAGUAUAUUUAAGUAUAUUAAGAUUGGCCCAGGAAUUGAAGAAUAAGGUUGUGGCUAAAUUAAUGGUAGUGUUGAAGAGUUCUGGCUGCUACUGAAGUACUAAACUAUCCAUCUUAAGGGGAAAUGGUACAUUUAAGCACAGCAUACAAUCUUGCCAAAGUUAAGCAUUUCUAAAGUCUCGUUUAUUUUAGUAGGAAAAAUUACUGCUGAAUUCUCCCAUUGAAAUAAACGAGGCUGCAGUGCUUAAAUGUUGAGAUUGGACCGUACAAGUGGUUCGUACCACUGCCAGUAGAGCUUCCUUUGCUAGACAUAUCUACUCACCCUGAUGCCAUGGGGCGAAUUGUUUGCAACUUCAUUCAGCCGAGCAGACAAAUACUAACUUCAGACCAAAGACUUAGGAGAUGUAAUAGGACAGAACGCAGAAGUAACACUGAAUGUUCCUUACUUGUAAAAGGGCAAUUACAACAUCAGUAUUUUGCUGGUAUUGUGAGUUUGGGGUAUUUUAAAACAAGUAUUCCAGUUGUCAACAUUUACUGGUCAUCAACAUGGAUAGCUUUACAAUUAACAAUAUUAUGGAUAGGCCACAAAGACCAAGAUAGUAGUCUGCCUUCAAAAGAAAAUGCUUAAAGAAGGGAUGGAGAACAUGUAUCCUUCCAGAUACUGCUCACGUUAUUCCUGUGUGGUCUGUACUGCCAAAAGCGGAUGAACGCCGAAGUUCAAAAACAUCUGGAAGGUCACAUGUUCCCUGCUGUGGUUUAAAGUCCUGUUUGUAAGAAGGAAAUGCAGCGCGCAAAGCUUCUAGGCAGCUUAUUUCAGUUAAUUCAUAGAGAGAGUGAAACGAUAAACGCUUGUACCAAAAGCGCUUGGUGUGUGUCCUCAAAUGUUAUUUUCACUCAACGAUUUCCAGGACAGGGCAAAAGAGAUGUGCCCAAAAUGCCAUAGGGGUCAUGCUCACAGCUAUUCUGACAAUAUGAAUAGCUGCUGAAAAGAAGAUUAACUAUGACUGCUGUUGAUCUCAUGCAAUAUAAUUUCCAACCACCGCAUUGCAUUUUCUGAAACAGAAAAAAGUCAGGUAGAUCCCAAGCAGGGCUAUCGUUUAUUCUGUUAUAUCUGAUUGUAGCAGAAAUAUCACCUCCCUUUUCCUGGUGCUAUAUAGUUCCUCUUGGCACAAAAACUUCUGCAACAGCCCUGUAUUCAGUACUACUAACAAGGCAAAAUAUAUGGGGCAAAAAGCACUGGGGGAAUAGCAAGAAAGCAGUCUGACCUGCCCAGAGCCGUAGUAUCGGAUGAAACACCGGGGUUUUCUAAUCAUAUGAUCAUUUCUACAUAUGUGAUUGUGACCGAAGAGGUCUUGCCUAAAUAAAAUGUUAUACUGAAUGGUAGACUGGUUCUUUGUUAAUCAAAACUACGAUGUAACUUGUGUCCUACAAAUGUAUCCUCACAAAAAUGUCCUGUAUUGGUUUCUUCUGUGUAUUACAGGAUUUAACGGUACUCAUGUUUCAAUUUUUUUUAAAAAAAAUCUGGAAAAUAACAUUAAAUAGAUAAAGGUCUAUGAAAAUGCUUUAAAGUACUGUGGAGCACAAAUUUGUAAGUCUGGUUUUUCAGCAGUGUAAGGAAGGAGGCUGCAACUUCAACAGCAUAUUACAAUAUAUUUUUACAAUAUGUUUUAUUUUUACCCAAAUGAUUAAUCACUUGCAAAACUGUGUUUGAAUAAAAUAAUAUUUCAUA